AUGGCUCUCAGAUUCAGAUAUUGGAAUUCGUCUGCAGAAUCUGCAACUGUGCAGACAGUGUUUUUGACCCCCAAUAACUAUCGUGAAGCCUUGCUUCGCUCUUUCAGGUUCACUUCUUAUAUCCCAGUUGCUAAUGAUUGUCUUGCAAUAUUUCGUAAAGACAAGGAGAAGGAGGUUCAAAUGACUAUUUCCUGUUGGUGA